AAUUUUCUAGCUCACUAUCUUCUGCAGGUCUGUCUCGGCAUUACCAGCUCUCCUCCUCCCAGCUUCUCAAUGUCAAAAAAGUAUGGACUAGUAUGUACAUUUUAAUUCUAUGCAUUUUCUUUUCAGACUUCAUCAUCAGAAGAUGCAUGCAAAGCACCAUGGCCACGAAUCUAUGCAUAUGGAGAUGAUUCUUAUUCUCAUUACAACCUUGGUAGUGGCACAGAUCGUACUCGUUCAGUGGAAGCAAAGGCACUGCAGGUCAUACAAUGUAAGUAACCAGUCAAAAGAUUGCUGUUAUAGAGCCAUAGCAUCUCAAGACAUCAGUUCUUUCUCAAACAGCUUGUUGGUCUACAAGUGGUUUCUUCUUCUCUAUAAACUCAGUUAUGCAGUUGGAAUUGUGGGUUAUUUAGCUAUAAUGUUUACCAUGUUUGGAUUUAAUUUAGUCUUUCGAAUCAAGACUGAAGAUUCCAUGGAUUUUGGUGUGAUUUUGCUGUUUUAUGGACUCUACUAUGGAGUGAUGGGAAGAGACUUUGCAGAGAUUUGUUCUGAUUACAUGGCUUCCACUAUAGGAUUUUAUAAUGUUAGUGGGAUGCCUACAAGAAAUUUGUCCAACAUCUGUUUAGUCUGUGGACAGAAAAUCUUUGUGGACAUAAAUGAGGAAGGGAUAACUGAAAAUAUCUACCAGCUGUCAUGCAAUCAUGUAUUUCAUGAAUUUUGCAUCCGAGGUUGGUGCAUUGUUGGCAAAAAGCAGACUUGCCCAUACUGUAACGAGAAAGUUGAUUUAAAGAGAAUGUUAAGUAACCCAUAUCCUUUUCUUAAAAAGUGUGUUUUUGACUUGAAUUGUUUAAUUCUUUUGACUUUGCUAGUUUGUUAUAAUCCAGUGGAGAGAGGUGGGAGUAAAAAAUAAAAAA